CCGGGAAUGGCAGUAGUUCAAUUUUGUACAUUUGCAAUAGGAAAUCUUUUUAGAAUGCCAUGGAUAAUAUAUGCCAAGUCUUAUCAUUACAUAUCUCUCAAUUUUUAUUCAUGUUAGGUGUAAAAGACAAAAUUUAGAGCAUUACUAUGUAAUGAAAACGCCAGAGUCAAUAAAUUUAACCGAAAGUCCCAAAAUAAUGAAUAUGGGGAUUAUGGUGGACUUUAUACCGAAAAUAUCAAUGAAUCGGAAAAAUAUCUUAAUAAAUGCAAGUGGACAUUAUUUUCUGAUAUUAAUGUACUCUAAUGCUUAAUACGUAUAAAGUCGGCUGCUUCAUAUAUAAUUCUAAUCCCAUAUACCCAUUAUAAUGAUUGAUUGUAUUCUAUACAUAAUUAAAUCUAAUAAAGAAUGUUCAAUUUAUAAACAACCUUUUUCCUUAUAAAGUUUGGCAGACACGUGGACGUAUUUCCUCACCUUAAAUUCUAACUUCGGCUGCUAUAUAAAGGUUUGCUGACGCUUUUGUUUUUUGCAAACUGAGAGAGAGUUUAAUAUUCGGUUGCACGCCCGCAUAGCCCUUUCUUACUUGUUAUUUUUUAGUCUCGCUGUGAACCAAUAUGUAACACCUUUGUACCGCUUUCCGGUGAAUAUAGGAGAGCAAGCUUCAUCAAGCAUUUGUGCAUAUGUGGAAUACAUACUUGUGAAUUACAAUACAUACAUACAAACAUAUACAUAUGUAUAUGCGCUUUUGUUUUCAAUUAUUAAUGUAAAACACCAAUACACACACAUAUUCAUACGUCCAUAUACGCACAUGUGUAAGUCUAGACUGUUGUUAUCGCUAUGCAUUUAAGAGCGCAUCAAAACACCGGGUCAAGUUUAUUGCCGCAGCUGCUUCCAAUACGAAACUAAGCUGCAUGAUACUGAGUAUAAAUAUCGGCCUUAACAGUUGUUUCAGACAUUGCAGUUUCAGUAUUUGCAUCAUGAAGUUCUACGCUCUCUUAGCUUUUGUCCUGGCCUUAGUGGCGAUGGCUAUGGCCAUGCCUGAACCUCUGCCCGGUGGUGGCGGCGGCGGCGGUGGCGGUGGUGGUCUCACCUUUGAAGAACUCGGUGGAGGCGGCGGCGGCGGUGGAGGCGGUGGUCUCAACCUUGAACUCGGCGGAGGCGGUGGUGGUGGCGGCGGCGGUGGCAAGUAAAUCGCACAGGCAUCAACAGACAUACUUUAAGACAUUGUUAAUUGAAUUGACUGUUUGGAUCAACAAUUUAGAACAAAUUAUUACAUUAAUAAAUCUAAUUUGAUAAACAAAAAAUAA